ACUGGAUUCUCCUAGUUAUGACAAAGAGCUCUGAGUGUGUGACAGUGAAAAUGGCAUAAUUGGCAUUAGCAUCCCGCAACUUGAAGGCAUGACAGUCAAGGAACACAAGGACCCAUGGCACAUGGUGAUAUGUGCACAGAAAAAGGAAAUCUGUGAUUCUUUAAAAGUAGGAAGUCAUUCUUCCUAACCAGAAUGGGUACAUUCUGCUCAGUUAUCAAGUUUGAGAAUCUCCAAGAAUUAAAGAGACUGUGUCACUGGGGUCCCAUCAUAGCCCUUGGUGUUAUAGCUGUAUGUUCUACGAUGGCCAUGAUUGACUCUGUGUUGUGGUAUUGGCCCUUACAUACAACCGGAGGGAGUGUGAAUUUCAUCAUGCUGAUCAAUUGGACUGUCAUGAUUCUUUAUAAUUACUUCAAUGCCAUGUUUGUUGGUCCUGGCCUUGUCCCUCUGGGGUGGAAACCAGAAAAUUCUCAGGAUAGCAUGUACCUCCAGUAUUGUAAAGGCUGCCAAGCAUACAAGGCGCCUCGGUCACAUCACUGCAGAAAAUGUAACAGAUGUGUGAUGAAGAUGGACCAUCACUGUCCUUGGAUCAACAACUGUUGUGGUUACCAAAAUCAUGCUUCGUUCACACUGUUUCUCCUUUUAGCACCACUGGGGUGUAUUCAUGCUGCCUUCAUUUUUGUUAUGACUAUGUAUACACAGCUUUAUAAUCGGCUCUCCUUUGGGUGGAACACAGUUAAGAUUGAUAUGAGUGCAGCCCGGAGAGAUCCUCUGUCAAUUAUUCCGUUUGGAUUAUCUGCAUUUGCUGCCACCUUGUUUGCCUUGGGAUUAGCUUUAGGAACAACCAUAGCUGUUGGGAUGUUGUUCUUUAUCCAGAUGAAAAUAAUUCUCAGAAACAAAACUUCUAUUGAAUCAUGGAUUGAAGAAAAGGCUAAAGAUCGAAUUCAGUAUUAUCAACUAGAUGAAGUCUUUGUUUUUCCUUAUGAUAUGGGAAGUAGAUGGAAGAACUUUAGACAGGUAUUUACAUGGUCAGGGGUCCCUGAAGGAGAUGGACUGAAUUGGCCCAUAAGAGAAGGCUGUCACCACUACAGCUUAACUAUAGAACAGUUGAAACAAAAAGCAGAUAAAAGAGUCAGAAGUGUUCGGUAUAAAGUGAUAGAAGAUUACAGUGGUGCCUGCUGUCCUUUGAAUAAAGGAAUCAAAACCUUCUUCACGAGUCCCUGCACUGAAGAGCCUCGAAUAAGGCUACAAAAAGGGGAAUUCAUUUUAGCCACAAGAGGGUUACGAUAUUGGUUGUAUGGAGACAAAAUUCAUGAUGAUUCCUAUAUAGAAGGCAUGUCAAGAAUAAGAGGAUGGUUCCCUAGAAACUGUGUGGAAAAGUGUCCCUGUGAUGCUGAAACAAAUCAAGCCCCAGAAGGCGAGAAGAAAAAUAGAUAGCCACUGUCAAAGUAAAAUCACACUUUAAGUCCACUCAUUACUUGAAAACUGUACAUUGUACUAAAGAAUUAUGCAAUGAACCUACUCUGAUUAAGGUGUUCUAUUCCUCAAAGGUGCCCUAGUGCCAUGAUCUAAAUAUUUUUAUUACCAUUUUAAAAUGGAGAAGCCAUUCUGCAUAUGCCUUUGAAUUCCUGCCACUCUUUGCCACCUCUUCCUCUUCCCCAGAAGGAAGAACACUUCACCUAAGUAAGUCAAUUGCAUUGUCUCUAGGAUUUUUUUAUGCAUCACACACUAUGGACCCCACUUGCAGAUGUUCCCUCUUUGCCAGGAGCAUCUGCAUGUGAUACUUUUAUCCUGCUUCCCCCCAGUUGAUACUUAUGUAAUAUUCUAGAAACUAUAGAACUUAAUUUGUCAGACUCAGUAUAAUCCCAAAUUUUAUUACCUUUUAAUAAUGCAGACUUUGUCAAAUCAAAUAAAGAUCAAUGGACCUUCUGUAUAAA